AAACAUCAACUUAACACAACACAAAAUACUAACACAUGGUGAAAUGUCAAAAAUGCCCGACAAUAUUCAGGCUGCCAUGGAAGAUUUACCGGAAAAUAAUAUCGAUGAUAUAGAGGAUCUCAUAUCAGAAGACGACGUAAAACCACGAGAUCGUUAUAGAAAUAAGAAAAGUGUAUCUGUACGUCCUAAAAAGCGCGGACAAAUUGUUGUUAGUGACUCCAAUGGGGAAUCGGCGGAGCGCCAGUUACCAGAAAGAAAAAUUUACGAGAGUGUCAUACCAGGAACUCAGACGGUUUACGUAAAAACCUGGGGAUGUGCGCACAAUAAUUCUGAUUCUGAGUACAUGGCUGGUCAAUUGGCUGCGUACGGUUACAAUUUAACGAAUCAAAAGGAAAAUGCGGAUCUCUGGUUACUUAACAGUUGUACGGUAAAGAAUCCUUCAGAAGAUACAUUUCGAAAUGAAAUCCAGUCUGGCAUGGCCAACGGAAAGCACGUUGUCGUAGCCGGUUGCGUACCGCAAGGGGCACCCAAAUCGGAUUAUUUACAUGGCCUAUCGGUCAUAGGAGUGCAGCAGAUUGAUCGUGUUGUUGAAGUAGUGGAAGAAACAUUAAAGGGUCAUAGUGUGCGAUUGUUACAAAACAAAAAAGAACAUGGCAAACGUGUUGCCGGUGCACGAUUAGCACUACCAAAGGUGCGGAAAAAUCCUUUAAUUGAAAUAAUACCCAUAAACACUGGUUGCCUUAAUCAAUGCACCUACUGCAAAACUAAACAUGCUCGUGGUGAUCUUGUUAGUUAUCCUCCACAAGAGAUUGUUGAUCGAGCAAUUCAAGCUUUUGCUGAAGGUUGUUGCGAAAUCUGGUUAACAUCGGAGGAUACCGGAGCAUAUGGAAGAGACAUUGGGUCAUCAUUACCUGAACUUUUAUGGCAUUUGGUUGAAGUUAUACCAGAACAUUGUAUGCUGCGUGUGGGUAUGACCAAUCCACCAUAUAUUCUAGAGCACCUGGAGGAAAUCGCAAAAGUUUUGAAUCAUCCAAGGGUCUAUGCAUUUAUGCAUGUUCCAGUGCAAAGUGGAAGCGAUUCAGUUUUAGGAGAAAUGAAACGCGAAUAUUGUCGAAACGAAUUUGAGCACGUAGUAGAUUUCCUGCGUAGUCGUGUCCCUGGAGUAACCAUUGCCACAGACAUAAUUUGUGGUUUCCCAACUGAAACGGAAGAAGAUUUCGAGGAGACAAUGGAAAUGUGCGCCAAAUAUCGUUUUCCUAGUCUCUUUAUAAAUCAAUUCUUUCCACGUCCCGGUACACCUGCAGCCAGGAUGGAACGGAUACCAGCAAAUCUGGUAAAGAAGCGAACCAAACGGUUAACGGAUCUAUUUAACAGCUAUUCACCGUAUGAUGGCCGCAAAGGCGAACAGUACACUGUCUUGGUAACAGAAAUAUCACAUGACAAGCAACAUUAUGUUGGGCAUAAUAAAAGCUAUGAACAAAUAUUGUUGCCUAUGCGAGAAAAUUUACUUGGCACUGCGGUACGAGUACGUAUAACCGAUACUAGUAAAUUCAGUAUGAUGGCCGAAAUAAUAGAUGAUGAAUCCGAAUGGACUCGUUGUGCCGUAAAACAGGAAAGUAAUGGUGAGAUUCAAAAUGGCAAAAUUACUACACAUUUGCAGGGUGAAAAAGAGGAUAUCAUAAAGAAAUACGUUGGAUUUGGGCUGAUAUUCUUGGUCGUAGCUUUAAUUAUACAGAUGUUGUCAAAAUUUUUGUAGAAAUUAAUACAAGAAUAAAGAGUAUUGAUAUUGAGUCAAUAUACAUAAAUUACAUCCAAUUUUAA